UCUUCCCACUCUCUGAAAGCCUUAAAUACCUAAUUUCCCUUCUGCUUUUGUUCUUCUUCAGUACCAAACUGACAGAUAUGUUUUGUCUUUAGCAUUUACUACACCUGCAACUGCAUCGUCUCAUCUUUAUUUUUUUUCUCCUGUACUCAAACAGUUAAUUUGCACCCCACAUCUUCAUUUUCAAUCUGAGCAUACCACUGCUAUAAUGGCCACCACAAAACCUAAAGUAGUUAAGCAACUCGGGCAAUUCCUUCAAGAGCAACAAGAACCUUUCAUACUAGAGAUUUACUUAUCAGAAAGAGGGUAUCAGGAAAAGAACUUGAGUUCUGGAAGAAGUACCAGCUUCAGCCAGGGAAAUUUACUCAAGUCUUUGAAGGGUUCAGGUAAUACUAGUCCAAAUAAAAGCAGAAAGGGUACUCCACAGUUUUUCAAGGUAUUGAGAGCUGCAUAUAACAAGUUUACAUCCAUUAACAACAGGCAAAGAAUUAAGAAUAAUGAUAAAAGAAAUAGUAAAUUUAGUGUUACUGAGAUGGCCGGGGAUGGCCAAGAAGUUGCAGAGCCAGAUGGAUUUUCCACUGCCAGUAGCGCAACGGUUUUCAAUUCAUGCUCAGACAGCGAGGUAGAAGAAACAUCAACUUCAGUGCAGAAAAAUGAUUUUUCAUUUGUUGAAAAUACUUCUCAGUCUUUCGAACUCUGGAAUCCAGGAGAUAAAGAGGCUGUUGCAGAAGGAAAGCUUCGAUGGAGAUGCGUACAAGAGAGUAAACAGAUAAGCCCUGUAUCCGUGCCGCAAGAAUUACGUUCUUCUAGGGGUUCUUCAUCCGUUAAAACAGCAAGACACGGUUUAGGCAAAAUUCAAGAACAGAAUCCAUCAAGAACUUGCAUCACACUCGCUAAGAAAAUAACAGAGGAGUCCAUUCUAUCGGCUUCUUUCUGGAGACUACUUUUUCACUCAGCUGUUGAAAAGCCAAAUUGUGCAGGUGCAGCAGAAACACUGGAACUUGUCCACUCUAAACCCACCUCACAAUUCCUCAAAUCCAAAAAGGUGGUACAACAAACAAAGCAACUUCUAUUUGAUUGCGUGAGAGAAGUUUUGGAGAGCCGUGGAAAAGAGACAGGGCAGCAAGACAAGAAAGAAUUUUUGGGGUCUGAAUUGCUUGGAAAUCUCGUAUGUGGGAAAAUUAAGGAAUGGGGAAAACACUCAGUUGAUGGAUUCAACUUAACACGACUACUGAAUGCAGAUAUCCAUGAUUCAGUACAAGAAUGGAAUGAUAUUGAGGCAGAGGUGAGGGACAUUGCGUUGGAGAUUGGAGAUGCUAUAAUGGAAGAGAUCAAAGAUCAAAUUGUUACAGAAAUAAUUUAUUUUUCAAAAUUUUAAACUUGCAUAUGCUCCUUUCCAGUCCAUUAAUUUUCGGCAUUAAUAUUCUCAAUAUGGUAUGGUAUGUUCUUUCAAGUUUUUUAAUGGCUUGCCAGGAUACUGCACAAAAGUCAAUGGUGAAUCACAAGUUGGGGUGGAUAUGAACCAAACGAAGCUCCAACACUCUAUAGUUUGAGUUUGAUUUCAAUGAAAAAAGUUUAAUUUGAAUUCA